CACUGAAUAUUCGGAGAACCGCGCGCGGCCUCCUUCUUCCCCUCCCCUCCAAACGCUUACCUCACCACCCACACCUAUUAUAAACCAGCACCCAUCGACGUUGCACUCUACCCUUCACAAUCCACAAAAGCACGAAGCAACGAGAUUAAUCGGUAGCUGAUCGCCUAAAUUGAGGAGAUGAAGUUUGGCAAGUGGCUCAAGAAGCAGAUCGAGCAGAGUCUCCCGGAGUGGCGGGAGCAGUUCCUGCGCUACAAGGAGCUCAAGCGCUGCGUCAACGCCGUCUCCGGCGGCUUCCCGCCGACGCCAGCGGAGGAGGCUGAGUUCGUCGCCACCCUCGACGCUGAGAUCGAAAAGAUCAACGCCUUCUUCCUCGAGCAGGAGGAGGAGUUCAUCAUCCGCCACAGGGAGCUGCAGGAGGACAUCAACCGCGCGCUGGAGCGCAAGGCAAGCGUGCCGGCGGCGCAGCAUGAGGCGGAGGUCGCUGCCAUACGCAGGGACAUCGUCAACUUCCACGGCGAGAUGGUGCUGCUCCUCAACUACAGCAGCAUCAACUACAUAGGGCUGGCCAAGAUCCUGAAGAAGUACGACAAGCGCACGGGCGCAGUGCUGCGGCUGCCGGUGAUCGAGACGGUGCUGGAGCAGCCCUUCUUCAAGACGGAGACGGUGUCACAGUUGGUGCGGGAGUGCGAGGCCAUGAUGGAAGCCGUGUUCCCGACGGCGCCCGAGGGCCAGGCGGCGGCGCGCCGGGACCUUGAGGCGCUGGCCGUCGCGGAGGCGGAGCAGAGCAUCUUCUGGAACACUGUCGCGGCGCUGCUCACCAUGCAGGACGUGCGAGCCGGGAGCUCCACCAAAGGCAAGCACUCGCUGCCGCCGCUCAACCUGCCGGACUCCGACUGGCUCCGGUCAUUCCAGCCGGCGUCGCCGAUCCCCAUCUUCCAAUGACACCCUCCUCUGUUCUUGCCUUCUUGGCCUUGCCGUCACCGGGACAUGCUGUGCUUGCUUGCUUGCCUGUGAUUUCCAUGUUUUUAAAUCUGUCCUUUUUCUUAUGGGAUUUCUCAUUUCCUAACUUAGUAGCAGUAGGACUAAAGAAAUAAUGUACAAACUAAGAUGUGAGUGAACAUACUAAUUCGUACUGAAUCUGAUGCGGAAACUAUGUACACAGCCUGUUGUGAUUUGUGCAAGUACAAAUAUUUAAGUUCU